CGUGAUUGGAGGUGACACAGGGACAACCCCAGUGGCUGCAGCUGCCUUCCCACGCACCCAGCAGGACCGUGGGCCGUGGCAAGCAGAGCCCAGGGAGCAGAGGGAGAGGACAGGAGAGGUUAGGAAAACACCCAUUAAACCACAAUAACAUUUAAUGACCUGAUCGGAGGAGAGUAAAUUACCCCUUUAAAAUCCAGUCACCACGAAAAAGCAAAUGACAUCCAGGGAUAUGAAUUAACUGAGAUAUUGGGGUGGGGGGGAGAGGGGGGGCGAAGCACUUGUAGGGCAGCACAUGGACACAGGGCUGCUAUCUGAGCACUCACGUUUCCCACAGCCCCAUUUCCCAUGGGAUGCACCCAGCUGGGAGCAGGGCUGGGCGUACUGAUGGCAGCACAGCGGGGCUGGUGUGGGGCCAGGAACUGCUCUGCUAGGGUGCAGAACAGCCUCUCUCCAGGAGAGAACAGGUUGGGUAACCCCACAGCUCUGCAGUCAGAGGAACGAGCUCAAUGGAUACAAGCUGGGAUUCUAUGAGCACUUGGGAAGCCGGGUGCAAGCAAUGAGUUUAAUUAAACCAGGGCAAUCACAUCAAAGCUGGUCCCUGCGCAGAUACCUUUCUUAAAUGGCAGGAAUUAAUUAAUGAGUUUGAGUUAAACAUGUUCCCUCCUUAUUGGAGUGCAGCCUGAGCGUAUUGGAGGUGCUGGCAGGGUCUGCAGCAGGUGAGAGCAGAUUUGGGAACAGUUUGGCUGCUGUGGAGCAGUGACUCCUCUGCCACACCUGGGGUCUCAGAGCUCUCCAGCAGGAAUAAAGCAUGGCAGCCCCCUGAGUUUGGGGUUCUUCUGCUGUGUGUGGGGCUGUGCUUAUGGGAUGCUGCUGUCUGGAGGGGGGUGUCUGUAGAUCUCCUCCCCUUUGAAGCUUCCUCUGUGGUUUCCUGGUGCCUUGGAGGAUGGCAGAAGUGGGGCUGGUCCUGCUUUAAGUCCAGCUGUAGUGGCGAAGCACUGAGGAUUGGAGCUGCUUGGUGAGCCCAGUGGGGUUUGGCCACAGUACAGCAGCACAGCUCGACCAGACCUGAGCCAUCGCCCCGUGUAUCCCCACCACUGUCCAUCUCUCCUCCCUGGUGGCAGCAGGCAUUUGGCCCAUGCCCUGCAUGCAGUGUGCUGUUGGUGCUCGGGGCUGACACAGCAAUGCCAUCAGCUGCAGAUAAUGGAGGUUAUCAGCUCCCAGCUAUCCACAGCUGCCCUUGUUAACCCUGAUAACUGGCUGUGCCCACCUACAAUCAUGCUGCCCUCAGCCAACUGGGAGGAGAAACCCACAGGGAGGCAGAAAGCCAGCCUAUAAAACAUUCUCUCCUUGGGGAUGUGGAGAAGUCUCUGGUGAAGGAGGAGGCUGCGCUGGGAGCACGAGAUGCUGGCAGGAGGCAGCAGAAGGCUGCAGCAGUGUCUGCUCGUCGUGGCCAUUGCAUGGAGUGCUGGCUUCUUCCACUCACCAGCCCUGGCUUUGCAGAGGAUCGCUCUGCGGAGGAUGCCUUCCAUCCGGCAGACGCUGCAGGAGAUGGGCGUGAAGGUGGCCGACGUGUUUCCCGAGCUGCGGCAAAGGCGAGGCGGGGCGGGCGGCCCCCAAAACGGAACGGCUCCCACCCUCCUCACCAACUACCUGGAUACGCAGUAUUACGGUGAGAUCAGCAUCGGCACCCCCCCGCAGACCUUCAAGGUGGUCUUUGACACGGGCUCAGCCAACCUGUGGGUGCCGUCCUGCAAGUGCUCCCCACUCUACAGCGCCUGCAUUUCCCACAGCCGCUAUGACUCCUCCAAGUCACGGACAUACAUAGCCAAUGGUACAGGCUUCUCCAUCCGCUACGGGACAGGCAGUGUCAAAGGCUUCCUCAGCCAGGAUGUGGUCAUGGUAUCGGACAUCCCCAUCAUCCAGGUCUUCGCUGAGGCCACGGUGCUGCCUGCAUUCCCCUUCAUCUUUGCCAGGUUUGAUGGGGUCCUGGGCAUGGGUUACCCCAGCCAGGCCAUCGAUGGCAUCACCCCUGUCUUCGACCGGAUCCUCUCCCAGCAGAUCCUCAAGGAGGACGUGUUCUCUGUCUACUACAACCGAGCUUCAAAGAAUUCUCCUUUGAAACCCGGUGGGGAAAUCAUCCUGGGGGGCACCGACCCAGCCUACUACACUGGGGACUUCCACUACCUGAGCAUCAGCAGGAACGGGUACUGGCAGAUCAGCAUGAAGGGGGUGUCUGUAGGGGCUGAAAUCUUGUUCUGCAAGGAGGGCUGCUCAGUGGCCAUUGACACCGGAGCAUCCUACAUCACUGGCCCAGCCGGCCCUGUGUCCGUGCUGAUGAAAGCCAUUGGAGCAGCAGAGAUGACUGAAGGAGAGUACGUGGUUGACUGUGAGAAGGUCCCCCAGCUGCCCAACAUCUCCUUCCACCUGGGAGGGAAGGCAUACACGCUCAAUGGCUCAGCCUACGUCCUCAGGCAAACCCAGUACGGGGAGGACAUCUGCGUGGUGGCUCUCUCAGGGCUGGACGUCCCACCCCCGGCUGGACCCCUCUGGAUCCUGGGUGCCAGCUUCAUCGGGCACUACUACACCAAAUUCGACCGUCGCAACAACCGCAUCGGCUUCGCCACCGCCCGCUGACCGCCGGGGGGGGGCUGGGAGGCAGCUGAGAAGCAGGGAGCAUCGCCGGGGAGAGAGCGAUUCGACACGCAAACGAGAGCAGCGCUUCCUUAAAGCACAGCCACCUCCUCUCUGCACUGAAGCAACUGCAAAUCCUCGCGUUCUCCCACUCCAAAACCCCCGCUCUGCUUCCCGAGAGCCUCCGCUGCCACGGGGGGGGGGAGAGCGGAGCCCGGGAGCAUCGCGCUGAGGAAUCAAAGCGGGAUCCUGCAGCUGGAGCUGCACCUCCGGAGGCUUUGCAGGGUGAUGUGCGUUGCUGCUGGCUGGGGCAGAGGAGCUUUGCAGGUUGCAGACGCUGUGGAGCGAUGUUUGGUUGCUGUUCUUAGAUGGGAGGCAAAUUAAUCGGUGUCAUUAGGCUGCUUACAGCGAUGGUUCUUUCAGCUGCUGUUAACCCUGCCCCUCUCUGCAAUUUAAUAUUAAACAACCCCAGAGCAGCAGGAAGCUGAGCGUUCUGCGAGGAGGGAGAAAGGAGGAAAAGUUCCCUUACGGGAACUGGGGAAGAAGUGUUCUCUGCUGGGAUCCACCGCUGUGCUUUAAGCAGGCAGCGCUGCAGGCUGCUCUUCGCUGUUGUGUCAGAGAGCUGAGAACCAGCUGCAAAUCUGAGCCCAUCCCAAAGCCAAGCAGUUGGCAAUGCUCUCAUCUCCCCCUGGUUGUGAGCACAGCUGAGCCCUGGGAACACACCUGUAACGAGCACAGCACCGUGCUGCAGGAGCUUCUCCUCCUCACCCUGCCACCAGCAAUGGCUGCUGAUUUCCCAGAGUGAAUCCUGGUGAGGGUUGGGAGCAAUUCUCCUUCCAGCACAGCAUGGGAUGCUGCCAGCCAGGCUGCAGCCUUGCCAGCCUCC